GUAUCGUAUCUGUCUGUCUGUGUGUACCUAGGUAGGUAUACACUCAACACCCUCUCUUCCCUUCAUUAUACUUCACAUCUCUAUAUUAAUACUCCCUCCCCUCUCCCUCCGUCUACUUUCUUUUCUUUUCUGUGUCGCUCUCCACCACUCUUUCUAACCCCCCUCCCAUUCUUUCUUCGACCCGGACCUUCGUCCAUCUUUUCUUCUUGCAGUAGAAGCAAGCAAGCAUACAAGAUGCCUAUCGGUGACGACGACGUUGUUCAGGCCGUUGGCUUGGACCCCACUGCCCUCGACCACUCUGGCGACCCCCAGCGCAAGCACCCAGAGCAGCACCAGGCCGUUCCUCCUGCCUACCUUCACUCCGAGGGCAAGGCCACUCUCCAGGACAGCUACCUCGACGAUGAGUCUCUCCCCACCGAGGAGGAGCUCCGCACUCUCCCCAGGGUCCCCGCCGCCAUUCCCUGGAGGAUCUACACCAUCGCCUUCGUCGAGCUUGUCGAGCGUAUGUCCUACUAUGGUACCACCGCUGUCUACUCCAACUACAUCGCCAAGCCGAGAACGACUCCUACUGGAGCUGCCCUCAACCCUGACGAUGCCGAUGCUCAGCCGGGAGCUCUCGGUCUCGGAAAGCAGGUCGCCUUCAGUUUGACCACCUUCAAUGCUUUCUGGGUUUACGUCUGCCCUCUCCUUGGUGCCUGGAUUGCCGAUACUUACUUGGGACGUUUCAAGACCAUCGUCUACUCCGUCAUUAUCGCUGAAAUCGGUCACGUCAUCCUCGUUGCUUCCUCCGCUCCCUCUGUUUUGGCCAAUCCCAACAGCGCUCUCGGUGCAUUCAUCGUUGGUUUGAUCGUCAUGGGUCUUGGAACGGGAACUUUCAAGCCCAACAUCUCCCCCCUCAUUGCCGAGCAGGUUCCUCAGGAGAAGAUGCGUGUCGAGGAGAGGAACGGAGAGCGUGUCAUCGUUGACCCCGCUGUCACCAUCACCCGUAUCUACAACUGGUUCUACCUCUUCAUCAACCUUGGUGCUUUGGCUGGUCAGUUGGGCAUGGUGUACGCCGAGCGAUACGUUGGUUUCUACCUCGCUUACCUCCUCCCCACCGCUUUCUUCCUCCUCUGCUUCCCUGUUCUUUUCUUCUGCAAGAAGACCUACAUCCUCAGCCCCCCUGCUGGCAACGUCCUUGGCCCCGCCUUCAAGUUGUUGUUCAGCGCUCUCGGCAAGGGUUUCUCUGUCAACCCUGUCGCCACCUACAAGAACUGGACCAGCGGCAACCUCUGGAACUCUGUCAAGCCCUCCACUCUUGGAGCUAACAAGCCCAAGUGGUACACCUUCGACGAUGCUUGGGUUGAUGAGGUCGCUCGUGGUUUCGGUGCUUGCAGUGUCUUCUUCUGGGUUCCCAUUUUCUGGUUGGCCUACAGGCAGAUGGAUUCCAACUUGACCCAGAUGUGCUCUACCAUGGCUCUCCACGGUAUUCCCAAUGACUUGCUCUCCAACUUCGACCCCAUUGCCAUCAUCAUCCUUGUUCCCAUCAUGGAUACUCUUGUCUACCCCUUCCUCCGUAAGCGUGGUAUCAACUUCAGCCCCAUCAAGAAGAUCACCGCUGGUUUCAUCUGUGGUGCUCUCUCCAUGGUCUACGCUGCCGUUCUUCAGUACUACGUCUACAAGACCUCUGGAUACUACGACACCCAGGACCCAGACUACAAGUCGCCCAUCAACGUUUGGGCUGUCAUUGGCAUCUACAUUCUCGUCGCUAUCUCUGAGAUUUUCGCCUCUGUCACUACCCUCGAGUACGCUUUCACCAAGGCACCCAAGAGCAUGAGGUCUUUGGUCCAGGGUGUUCAGUGCUUCACCACUGCCUUCUCUGCUGCCCUUGCCCAGGCCUUCACUCCCUUGACCCUCGACCCCCAUCUCGUCUGGAACUACGGAAGUGUUGCCAUCAUCUCCUUCGUUACUGGUGUUGUAUUCUACAUCACUUACCGCACCAUGGACAAGAACGAGGACAAGCUCAACUUGCUCCCCACUGGUCAGAUCGGUUCCGCCGCCCAGGCCGAGGAUCUUGAGAGGCGUCUCAGCGUUGCCGCCGAGAAGGGCCCCGUCGCAACUGGUGAGAAGGUUCCCGAGAAGUUGUAAAUCAACCCACUCUCCAUAAAAGUCGCAAGCAUGAUGGACAGCUCCCGUGAAUAAAAGGUGGAUGCUCCAAGGGGACGACCAUAGCUAGCAUAGGAUUAGCUUGCGCUCUGAUCU